AUGUCGGAAUUCUGGGUCUCGCAGGGGCGAGUCUAUUGUGAGUUUUGUAAAUGCUGGUAUGCGGACAAUAAAGUAGAGAAGGAAACUCAUGAGAGGGGAUCGAAGCAUCAGGAGCUCAAGACCAAGGCGCUAGCGUCCAUCAGAAAGAUCUCCGAAUUCAAUGCCAAGGAGCAGGACAAAAUCGAGUGCUAUUUGGCUGAAGCUGACAGAGCUGCUAGAGAGGCGUAUAAACGAGAUCUGCGAGAAGCAGGGGUCACUGCAAAAAGUCUGAAACGGCAAAGACGCGAUGAAGAAAAACAACUCGAAGCUGAGAGAGAAAAAGAGAAACAAAAAGAAGAGGCCAAGGAUUGGCAUGAAGCGAAAGAUUCUAGUGGGAAUAUUUACUACUGGAACUCGAAGACCAGAGAAACUAGAUGGAAACCGCCGCCGAUGUGGGAGUGCAAGCAGAAAUCUAUCGAAAGCGCGGCUGCUGAAGGAGCAUCAAAUGUCAAAAUCAGCAAGCCUUCCUUCAAAAAAUCCGGCAAGGGCCUGUUCAAAUCGAGCGCAGGAACGAAUAAUACCUCGAAUUCGACAACAGCCGGGCUGAAGAGUAAUUCUGCUUUUGCGAAGACGCUUUCUUGGAAGGGCGCUGAUGAUGCAAAAGCCGGCAGUAAACGAUCCAACGACGUAGCUUACGGUACUUGGGUUCCAAAGAAAACUGAAGAGGUCCAUGAGGAAGUAAAGCAAGAAACUGCAGAAAGUCUCGGUCUUCCUCCAGAGGCAGAUGCGUUUUACGAACAAGAAGCUAACGAUGAGGACAAAUAUAAAGGCUUUACGUAUAAAGACGAAAGAUUCAAAGUAGGGGGCGAGAAACAGGCCGAAAUCAUCUCAGUCGGCGAUGAAACAGGCAAAGUUGAGCCUGUGGCUUUUAAAAAGAAAAAGUUCGGCGGCAAUACGAGAAAGAGAACAUUCGACUAG